UGCGCGCAGCAUUACGAACAUGGCCGACGUGACAGCGGUGGACGGAGAGAAACUCAGCAAAAAGUCUGCCUGCUGACUGUGGUAGCUCAGCAUGCUGUGUCUGGUCAGGGCAGCCAGACAGCAGCUGUGCCAUGCCUAUGGUGUCAGGGGACAGUGGUUAAAAUGUGCAUCCCCACGCACAGCUGCAGUCCCAGCUCAAAUUUACGGGAACCGAUGGAGAGGUGACAAAAGUGAGCUGAAGAGACGAAUGAAAGCUGAGAAGAAGGCGGCUGAGAAAGAAGCGAAAGUGAAAGACCAGGUGGAGCAAAAGAAGGAAUCCAAUGACCAGGGAGUGCAAAAUGUCUGUGGGCUGGAUGAGGAGACACUUGACCCAAAUCAAUACUUCAAGAUUCGCUCCCAGGCCAUCCAGGACCUGAAGGGCACAGCGGAGGACCCGUACCCACACAAGUACCAUGUAGACUUGUCGCUCAUAGAGUUCAUUGAGAAAUUCAAUCAUCUACAGCCUGGAGACCAGCUGACAGAUGUUGUUCUCAAUGUGUCAGGUCGCGUCCAUGCCAAGAGGGCUUCUGGUGCCAAGCUGCUCUUCUAUGACCUGCGGGGUGAAGGCGUUAAGUUGCAAGUUAUGGCGAACUCAAGGAGCUACAAGUCUGAGGAAGACUUUGUGGCCAUUAAUAACAAACUGCGCCGUGGUGACAUCAUUGGUGUCCGCGGUAACCCAGGGAAGACUAAAAAAGGGGAGUUGAGCAUCAUUCCCAUUGAGAUGACCCUGCUGUCACCUUGUUUGCACAUGCUGCCCCAUCUCCACUUUGGCCUCAAAGACAAGGAAACACGAUUCCGCCAGCGCUACUUGGAUCUGAUUCUCAACGACUACGUGAGGCAAAAGUUUAUAACACGCGCCAAAAUCAUCACCUACCUCCGCAGCUUCCUGGACCAGCUGGGAUUUUUGGAGAUCGAGACGCCAAUGAUGAACAUUAUUCCUGGUGGAGCAGUGGCCCGUCCAUUUGUUACUUACCAUAAUGAGCUAGAUAUGAACCUGUUCAUGAGGAUCGCCCCUGAGCUCUACCACAAGAUGCUUGUGGUCGGUGGAAUUGACAGAGUUUAUGAGAUUGGUCGUCAGUUCAGGAACGAAGGCAUUGAUCUUACUCAUAAUCCUGAGUUCACCACCUGUGAAUUCUACAUGGCAUAUGCUGAUUACCAUGACCUGAUGGAAAUCACAGAGAAACUACUUUCAGGAAUGGUGAAACACAUCACUGGAGGAUACAAGGUGACGUAUCACCCUGAUGGUCCGGAGGGACAAGCCUAUGAGAUUGACUUCACUCCACCAUUCAGAAGAGUGAGCAUGACACACGACCUGGAGAAGAUUAUGGGAGUCAAAUUCCCUCCCACUGACAGCUACGACAGUGAAGAGACACGUAAAUUCUUUGAUGACCUCUGCACACAGAAAGGAGUUGAAUGUCCUCCACCCAGAACCACUGCCCGCCUCCUUGACAAGCUGGUUGGAGAUUUCCUUGAGGUUACCUGUAUCAACCCCACAUUCAUCUGUGAUCAUCCUCAAAUCAUGAGUCCCUUAGCAAAAUGGCACAGAUCACAGAAAGGCCUGACAGAGCGUUUUGAGCUCUUUGUGAUGAAGAAGGAAGUCUGCAAUGCUUAUACUGAGUUGAAUGAUCCAAUUAAACAGAGAGAGCUUUUUGAGCAGCAAGCCAAGGCCAAAGCUGAGGGUGAUGACGAAGCCAUGUUCAUUGAUGAGACCUUCUGCACAGCACUGGAGUAUGGUCUACCACCAACUGCUGGCUGGGGAAUGGGCAUUGAUCGUCUCACGAUGUUCCUGACCAACUCCAACAACAUCAAGGAGGUGCUGCUCUUCCCAGCCAUGAAGCCUGACGACAACAAAACAUCAGCGCCCACAGAGGGUACCUCUGUCUGAUGACAUGACCUCUGCCCCGUGCAGGAGUCAGUAUGAAGUAGGAGCCUUUACCUCACUGUGGUCAUCAGUGGAGUCUGCAGGAUUUGUGUUUUAUCAAUGUCAUUCUGUCAAAAGUUGAAUCCUUGCAGUUAAGGGAAAUCAUAUUGUCUCAUUUCCAGUUGACUUUUCUUUGUUUUUCUUACACUUUUGCUGCAUCCUCAUCAGAGACAUUUUAAUCCUCAUUGUCAUCCAGACAGUACAUGGAUGGUAGUAAAUCAGGAAGUCGUGUGAUCUGCUGUUGUAUGCAGACCUGGAUAAAAUAUUUCUGAUUAUACUUUGAGAUACUACAAAUGGUGCUUGAUUGUGGCCUCCAAAUAAACAGUUAAUAGAUCACAUAAUAACAAAGGCCAAGCACCUCCAAUAUUUCAAGUUUUCUCAGUAUGUCCAUCUGUUUUUACCUGGUCUGCUUGUAUUCCUUGUCUAAUAUUUUUCAAGGUCAAUUCCACAAAUUCAAUAUUCCUCUACCAAGAAGUUUAAACGCAGUUAUAUCUGAAUAAAGUGAAUAUGAAUCUACUUUA